AUGUCAACAAGUCGACAACAUCCCUACGAAUUAUCCCCAGUGCAAGUGUUAGAAAGCAAUGAACAACCUCAAAUUUCGAAACCGAGUGUGGAUACCGAUUUCCAGAACAUAUCGCUAUCAGCAGAAAAGACGGAAUCAAAAGGUCUCUUCUCAAGAACCACAUCGAUCAGAGGACAUUAUAUCAAAACAUGGAUAUUGGUUUUACUCGCUAUUAUCUUGUUUAUUAUUGUUAUUGUGUUCGUUUUGGUAUCGGUUGUUCUAGUCAUCCGAAACAAGCAUGAAAACGGAACCGCUGAGACACAACAAAACUCGUCCACAAUCACUGUUUCGACAACCACCGCUGGUUCUACAAAUGAAUAUGUGGAUUCGUCGGGCACAUUGGCUGUUAAUAGCUCUAACUGUAACCAAUCCCAAUGCUGUUGUAUAAUUGACGUUAUUUAUCUGGAACGAUCAACGCUUGCCAGUCUCGUUUUAACAACGACACUAGAUGGACAAUGUAAUGAAAUACAAUCUUUCUCGACAACAAUCGCAUAUCCGACUAGUGACAAUGUCGUAGUGACAGUCAAUCGAUCGCCUUACUAUUUCCAACUAGAUACGAGUACUGCUACAUUACUGAUGACAAAUCUGAUUAAACCAACGUGCAGUGUUCUAGGCAUUCGAUUAUUCAAUAAUGCGUCUGCACAAACAUCUACGCCUACGCUAAUAACGAUAACAAACACAAAUCCAAGUACUGCCAGUCCAAGCACGUCUCGAACGACAUCCUCAACAAGAAAUUUGCCUCCAUGGCCAGGCACUUUCGUUGUCCAAUCUCUCUGUUCACAGUGGCAAUGUUGCUGUCUGAUUGGUUCGGUUAUCAUUUUACAAACAUCAUCUAGUGAUCUAUCGAUCACAGGAACACUGAGUGGCUCGUUAUGUUUUGGAUACUCAGGCCAAAGAACAUUUCCAGUUUCGUAUCCAACACAGUACAGUAUAUCUGUCGAUUUAGGAAUUGCGAUAUACACCAUUGUGCUAAGCUCGAACGGAAAUACCAUCACAGUGACGAACACAUACAGUAGAGCGUGUAAUGAAGUUGGCAAUCGAAAAUGA